AGAUAAAAAAUCAAGUUCUUGCAGGGUUUCACCUUUUGAAGAACCAUUUGGAUCUCUAAAUCAACGAAGAAGGUCUCAGCGGGAUUUGGUGCUCAGCCAUGGCGGAAACGUCUUCCCCUUGUAUGGUGCGAUCGUUCACCCAGCCUUCCUUCUCCAGGUCCUGUGACGAGGGAGAUAUUCUUCGUGCUCUAACGUCGUCAAUCUCGUUUGGGAAAUACAUGACGGAAUCACUGGCUUGGGACAAGUGGUCUACAUUCCCUCAGAAUAAUUACAGAGAAGAAGCUCUGAGAUACUCCAGGCCUGGUUCUGUUGCUGAGAAGAAAGCUUUCUUUGAAGCCCGGUUCAAGACAAUGGCUUCCAAAAAAACUGCAGCUUCUUCUUCGGUUGAACAGAAAUCUGCAAUAGCUGAGCAUUCAUCUGGUUUGAACAGAGUGAAUCAGAACCAAAGUAAUGUGUAUUUGGAUUCUGCCCCUGGACAUUCUAAUGGGAAUAAUGCUGUGUUUGACAAAAGUGACCAAGAAAAUACCAUGGCCGUACCCUCAACAGGACGGCCUAUAUGCAGUAAAGAGGUUACUACUGUUACAAUGGGAGACACACCAGUCUCCGACAAGCUACCCCAUGCAUCAACAACCAUAAAAUCAUCAACUAGAUGUGGAUUCUCCAAUCCUCAACUCAUUAAGCCGACAUCAAUUCCACCCAAGAAGACUGAUCAUUCUAUGUCAAGUAGCAGUAAGAAGGUCACUGCUACUAAAGGGUCAGCAGCUAAAAAGCAGUUCACUCCAAGAUCUCUCCAUGUGUCAAUUGACAACAUAGAGUUUGAUGAUGAGCCCAUAAAAAAAUCUUCUCCUAUUUUUCAGAAGAUUGUGAACUCUAAAUUUGUUAGAGCAAUGACUAAUGAUACACUUCAAGAGAGCAGAAUAAAAAAAUCUCCUCUUAAGGUGAACAAAGAAGAACAUACUUUUCUGUGUUGUCCCCCGUUUGACGAGAAAGACCAAAAAAUUGCAGCUGCAAAACAAACGGAAGAACCUAUAUUCAGUGAGGAUGUGGCGGCGAAACCACUAAAUGCAUCAUACCUAGAUGAGAAUAUGGAACCAAAGGAGGGAACUGUAACAAUGGGAGAUUCAGAUGAGACUACUUUCCACGAAGAGAGACCAUUCUAUUACAGGAGUUGAUCAUGUGGCAGAAAAUUCGGAGCAUGAUGAGUACAUCAAAACAUCUUCUCCAGUUCUUCAGAAGAUCGUCAAUUCAAAGUUUGUCCGAGCAAUAACUAAUAAUACAACUCGAGAGAACAGAUCUAAAAUAUCUCCUAUUAGGACAACUAGCUUUUCAUUAUCAAAGCCUGUAUCUGAGCCAAAAAUUACAAGCAAUUUGAAACCUUCAAAUGCAAAUGGAAGUAAGACAUCAACUUCUUCCACUACAUGUGCUUCAUUUGUCUUCAGGAGCGAGGAAAGAGCAAUGAAGCUUAAAGAGGGUAAAAAAACAAAUGAAUCUACAGUUUUGAGAGCCUCUACCUCCUGGGUUAAACCUAAUUUCAAUAAUCAUCUGACAAGAGGAGAAUAUUCAUCAAUUAGCACCAUGGGAAAGAUUCCAGAAAUGCAGAAGCCUGCUUCGAAAGUCCAAGAGAAUAGUUCUAAACCGCCGUGGAGGCUUUCAGGAAAGUCUGAUAGCUCCAAAGAUGUUAUGGGAAAGAAUAACACGCUCCUCUCCCGUACUACCAGAUCAGUUGCGAUGGAAGAAUGUAGACGUGAAAAUGCUUCCCCAAAUAUCCAGGUUUGAGUAUUUGCAAUGUUCUUUACUUCUUUGUAAAGAACUAUAAAAGAGUAUAGAUUGAUAAAUUCUCUAAUAUCCCCCUUACCCGAAAUUAAGAUGUUUUUUAUAAAUAUUAUUGAGGGUGUUCUGGAUACCAAUAAUCAAGCCGAUUGUAUAGGAAAUUCUAUAU